UCCCGGAUGUUUAUGAUUCACGUUGUUCAUGGAAAUUCCGGUUUUUAUGACUGAAACUCGGCUGAAACUGAGAAGACAUGAAUGACUGGUAAAAGGGAAUUACUUUGUACUAUGAUUCUGCUGUAUUCUGGAUAAUAAUGGAUGAUGACAUUACUCUAAAAUUUGUUGAAGAACCAAUUAAUCAUCUACGAUGUCCCAUUUGUGAGAAGUGUUAUCAGGAACCUGUGAUCAAUAUUUCUUGUGGCCACACAUUUUGUAAACGGUGCACAAACACACUGCAAACAUGUCCAAUAGAUUCCCUACCUUGUGAUAUUGGUAAACUUGUUGUCAACAGAUUAGUUGUAGGCCAGAUUGAUGAAUUGUUUAUUUACUGUCCGUUUGGAUUGAUCUUACAGAAUGAUGAAUGGGUAGUUGAUCCUAGUGGAUGUCCGGAUAAGUUUCCUUUAGGCUCAUUAGAUCAACACAAAUCACAAUGUCAGUUUGUUCCAGUUGUAUGUCCAAACAAUGGAGGCUGUGGAAUGUUCAAAAGUCAAGAUUUAAAGGGUCACUUAGAACAGUGCAGUCAUACUAAGUGUCCAAAUUAUAGUACAGGCUGUGAAUUUCAUGGCAUUCCAUCUGCUGUAUCAAACCAUGUAGCUGACUGUAUUUUUGCAAGUAAUUUUAAUAAUGCAGAUACAGCACUCAAAGCAAAGACGCAAAUGUUGGAGAAAAGUAAUCUUAAUCUACAGAAAGAAGUUAAUUUUUUAAAAGAAAAGAUUGUAUCACUUGAAAGUUCUAGAAAUGAGAUAUCUUCUCAGCUUAAUACCUGUAUUGGGUCAAUUAACAGUUUACAGCAGAAGUUUGAUAUUUUACAUUCAAUGGUAGAACAAUCAAUGGUUAAUCGGAGUAGCAGACGUUCAUUUGGUUCGCAAUCCCAAAUUGAAACGUCAGGUUCAACAAGGCGUCUUUCAUCUGCAAGUUAUUCGCCUACCUCAAGCCCCACCAAUUACCCCAAACUAGAAAACUGGAUGAUGCCAUUUCAAUUUAAAUGUAUUGGUACUCUCAGAGGUCAUCAAGAUGUUGUGUGGUGUUUAACUGUUCAUCAUGGUAAAUUGUUUAGUGCUGGAUCAGAUUCCAUUAUUAAAGUAUGGGAUUUAGAUUCCUUAGCCAAAGGGUGUUACCAAAAUAUGCAAGGUCACAAAAAAAUGAUACAUUGUUCAUGUAUUGGUGGAGGUAAUCUAUAUACAGCAGGUGAUGAUUUAUCUGUAAGACAAUGGGAUUUACAGACUGGAACUGCAACUCAUGUCAUUGAGAAUGCUCAUGAUAAUACAAUCUGCUCAAUGUUAAUUCAUGAUGAUCAUCUAUUCACAUCUUCCUUUUCUUUAAUAAAGGUGUGGAACAGAACAAGCCUUACUUUAAAACAUUCCAUUUCUGGUUUACAUCAUUGGGUGAGAGCAAUGGCUUUCAGUCCUAAAAAACAAUGGUUAUAUAGUGGUUCUCACAAUGCCAUUAAUAUUUGGGAUACCAGUACAUUUGAAACUGUUGGUACAAUAGAACAUAAUCUAGGUUCAAUAUAUUCACUAGCAGUUACAAAACAAUAUGUCAUUGCAGGUUCUUAUAACCAAAAUAUUCAGCUAUUUGAUGUAAAGACAAAUGAAGAAAUAAUUAAAUUAGAAGGUCAUUUUGGAGCUAUAACAUCUCUGGUACCUUCACCAUCAGGAAAAUUCUUAUUUUCAGGGUCACAUGAUCAUAAUGUACAGAUGUGGAAUUUAGAAAAUCAUCUACCGAUCCAAACUUUAUCUCGACACCAGGGAAGUGUGAAUACAUUAGCUUUAUAUGGUAAUAUAUUAUUAUCGGGAUCAGAGGAUCAUGAAAUAAAGGUGUACAGAUAUUUUCAGAGUCCGGUGUAAUACUUGGAGUGUGUGGAGUAUAUUGUUCUUACACUAUUUUUUUUCUUUUGGAAAUUGAUGACCAGGUUUGAUUUAGGCUUAGUUUUCUUCUGUACCAAAUAAUUUUAGGGAAAGGAUAGUGAAAUGGGCUUUGUCAUGUUUUUUUUUAUCAAAUUUUUGCCUUGUAGACAACUCUCAGAUGAAUUAUUUUUGUAUCCCAAGCUAUCAAAUUCGAACAUAAUAAUAUUGUCCAUCACAAUUUUACAUUUUUUCUGCCUGUUUUUCAUACCCUGUGUGUCCAAACCCAUUGCAGUCAGAUUUGACUGUGUCGGCAUAUUUCAAAACAGCAACUCUGACUCGUAAUCUGGUUUCAUGUAGGCGUUUACGGACUGUCUGAUCUGAGAUCCUACGUCGUCCAGGAAUUGCUGCUUCAAUAGAGAUCGUUGUUGUGAACCUUUUCCGCAAAUGAAGUAACCGGAUGUGCAAUCCAGGGCAGGUGAGGUCACUCUUGUUUGGCCUGAGCUGGGACGGUCACGUGUUGAACUUCACUGUCGGUACCUAUCCCAGAGGCGAGAGAUGGGAAACAUUCAGCAGUCUGGCCACAUCUGUCUGGGAUUCACCUGCUUGUAAGUGACCGAUAGCGUUGUUGCGAUGGUCUUCGUUGAGUGAUUACGUGUGCAACUGAUUUUGAAACCGAGAAUUUUAAAGGCCUUAGAUUUGGGUUUCAUGCAGAAAGUUGUUAAACUCACAUGUCUUGGUGCAAUCAAGCGAAAACAAAUUUCAGCAAAAAGUAUGACCAGUCACAAUUAAUGACUUUACAUUUAAAACCAAUCAUGAAUUUUUUUUAUCCUUACAUAAUGACAUUAAAAAAAGCACGAUUUAUGGAAAUAACGAUCUGUUCAAAUAAAAAAAUGGGCUAUGCAUACUUUUUUUUGAAGAGUAUACCAUUCUGUCAACUAGUCUAAAAAUAUUUCAAAUGUAAUGAAAAAUUUAGCUUCAAAAUACUUUUUAUAUAAAUGAAGACCCAUCCAUCACAUAGCAUUUACUGACUAUUUAGUGACAAUGUAUAUAUAUGCAAUCGUUGCUUGGCAGUGUGUACAUUGUGUAUGAUAUGCUGCAUAAGCUAUCUGAAAACCUUUCUGUAAUAUUCUCCUUUAUGGCAUCAGUUUCAUUAAAUAAAUUAAUUUAAACAUUCACAGAUUGCCAUUUGAAGCAUAAGAAUAUAAAUAUAAAACAGAUUAUAGCCAAAAGUUGACCACCUACUAUCUCCUGAUGUCUCUUGAGAACUUGGUACAUGUAAAUAUCCACUACCCCGGUCAGUUCCUUGAAGAACAUUAGAAAAAUGUGAUAUAUUAAUACCCAUACAGACCGAAACAGUCCAAAACUACUGUUCCUCUGGCUGCCUCAAACCACUGAGAUGUGAAUAGCUUUCUGUAUUAUAGGAUCAUUUACUAGUUAGUGCAGGGAUGACAGGGAGGUUUAGGGUAGUCAAAGGAACCCUAGUUAGGGUGGUUUGGGGCAGUCUAGUGUAUUUCCUAAAGUAGACAGUUAUUGGAGAGCAGGGCAACGGAGGCCGACCAUAUUAUUUGUUUCUCUGUAUUUUUGUUCUUUUUUGUUGAUUCUUUAUUAUUAUCAUGAGCACUAAUUAUUGAUAUAGAAUUAUUUAAGUUCAGUUUACAUCACAGAUAGUCUAUAAUAGUACUAAGUCACUGAUACAAAGACAAAGUUAUCACAUUGUCUAUAAUAGCACUUACUCGGUCACUUAUACAAAGUGAUCACAGGUGAGUAUUAUGGGCAAUACCACGUAAAUAGUCCACCACAUGGCGACUGUUGAACUUGUACUGACAUAAAUAGGUACAUGAUUAGGCUCAUUUCUCAUUAAAUAAACUAUACUAAAAAGAACAAAUAAAAUCACUGGUAAUAAAGUCAACAGUAAUACAUGUAUACUAUAUAAAAUUAAUAAUAAAAUGGUCGGCAGUUGUUCUCUCCGGCGUCCAACCUCGUGGGUUUUCUCCGGGUCCUCCGGUUUCCUCCCACUGCUAAAGACCCCUACGCGCAAGCGAAUUAUGGAAAUAAAAUUAAACCAUAUGUUAGUCCCGAAAUGACCUAGUUUGUGUCGAGUGGCCGUUAAACCCCAUUUCUCUCUCUCUCUCUCUUUGUCCUCUCCGGCAGUACAAAACAUGACAAAGGUUGAAGACUGUAUCACUUGUGUUUAAAGGAAAAAGUAGCCGUUUAAAGCGAGAAUUUCAUAUUUUCUAAGAAAGUCAAAACAUAAUUAUUUCUAUGUCUUUUGCUCAAUAGGUUAUCAACUCACUAUUAUACGAUCAUAGGUGUCAUUCUCACACUUAAAACUCAUUUACACAGGAAAUAACAACACAAUUACCUCCCUUGUUUUCCUGUUGAAAACAAUGGUCAGCCAUUUCCUCAACGUUGGAAUUUGAAGUUGAAAAUGAUAUUUUUGCCAAUUUCUCAGCUGGCAAUAGUGAAUUAUAGAAUUAAUAGGAUUAUUCUUUAACAAGGUAGGACUGUUUAUGGAUACCAUCUAUUUUAAGGCUUUAUUUUAAUAAAUUUUAAAAAUAUAACUUAAAAAUUUGAAAUUUCCGCUUUAAGUGUUACCAAUCUUCUACCUGUAUUUUGUUAUAUUGUUAAAACAAAUAAUAUUUAUGUUAUGAAAAUAUAACUGUUAAAAUAAAAUAUUUGUUACAACUGUACUGUUAUUCAGCUUUUGAAUAGAUCUAAUACGAUAUAAUUAUUUAAAUUGAUAUAUAAAUACUAAUUUUUAAAAUAUCUGUUUUGUAAUAUGUCAUGUUUUUAUACGCCCACAUUUUCAUGCAUGUGUACAUUGUCGUCGCCCCUGUCCGUCCGUCCGUCCACCCACAAUUUGUGGACAGUCUACAGGUCACAAUGUUUAUCCGAUUUUGACGAAACUUGAAAUAUAGGGUUUUCUCUCAAAUUUCACGGUUCCUUUCCAUAUUGGCAUGUAUCGGACCGUAACGUCAUGGAUUAUGACCCCUGAUUGUACAAAAAAAUCGGGUUUUGAGCUGGUCACAAUUUUUAUCCGAUUAAAAAACAAACGUGUAUAUAUAUUACCGUUACCCCACAAUAACGGUCGUUAAAAGUAUGUAAUACCAAGGUUGUGGACCCUCUAGAGAUCACAAUUUUUAUCCUGUUUUAGCAUGUUCUCUGGCCAUCUCGUGCAAAAUGUGGGCGUAUCUUGCAUGACAACCGCUUGUUCAAUUUAUUCCUAUAUAUCAAAGUUGUUCUGAAUGUAAUAUUUUUUUACACCAAUCAUAUAAUAAAUUGUUGUACAUAUUUUGGUAGCCUGCAUAUAAAAUUCCUUUGUCUUUCAUUAAGUAUACUUUUUUAUAACAAAAUAAAAUAUUUCAUUGACAAGGUAUGUUUUAAAAAUA